AUGGCGCAAGAGAUAGCCGACCAACCCACUGCGUGGGGGAUUCGUUCAUUAAAUAAUCUAGAGCUUUAUGCAGAGGCAAGAUACCUUUGUGGUCAAUAUCGAUGCAACGCGGUCACCUGUCGCCUUGGUAUCAGCCAAGAUUUCUUCUCACCAGCUGGCACCGAGGUAUUUAGGGCUAAUUUCCUACGAGCGGUACAUGCGGUCACCUUUGAGCACGGUAUUCUUAGAGCCACGCUGAGGGAGAAUUUAGCGCUUCAGUCGUAUUGGGCUGCAGCAAAUGACGUCAACUUAUCAGACCAUGUUGAGUGGUUGAAUUACAGCGUUCACGCGGAAGACUAUGAAGUCAUUCUACACUCACACCGAGAGAAACUCGUCGACACGGAGUUUACUGAUACAGAGACCCAACCCGGCUGGAGAGUCACCAUACUUUCAUCGCAAGAGGUUGGAGUACUUGACAUCAUAUUUACAUACACUCAUACCAUCGCUGAUGGGAAGGGGGGGCUGGUGUUCAUUAAGUCCUUGCUGAAGCAUCUCCAGAGAGAUCACCCCCUACCGUCCAACGAGAUACUGCUGCUACCACCGUCACCACAUCAGCUGUGCGAUUUCCCUCUGACGCCCGGUUUCGUGCUAUCAACUUUAUGGAAAGAGCUCAGGCCGGAUAUUUUUCGGUUUUCUCAAAAUUCUCAUGUUGGCUGGCUGCCCACUAGUGCCAAGGCACUUCCUACCAGAUUGAAGUCAUUCAGCAUCGAAUCUCAUUCACUGGAGUAUAUCCUUCGAUGCUGUCGACAAAAUUCCACAACUCUCACCGGGCUUGUGCAUGCUCUGGUAUUUAAGAGCCUCAUCACUCUCCUCUCGAUUGAUCAGGCGCGAGCUAUGACCGCCGUCACUACGAUAGAUUUGCGCCGUUUCAUGCCGAAGAAUGCUUCCAACUUUCCUGAUUUUGAUCCGGCAAAUACUAUGGGGAAUUUUAGCUCAGGAAUGGAGCAUCCUUUCGAUGAGAACCUCGUGCGACAACUGCGGGAACUAGCGAAAGACCCCGAGACGAAUGGUCUGGAACAGGCCAUAUGGAGCAUUGCUCGGCGGAUUCGCCUUGAGAUCGAGCAAAAGCUUUCACAGGGGCUAUCAAAUGACAUCACCGGCUUGAUGAAGUUUGUAAGCGACUGGCGAGCCGAGGCCUCAAAAAAGACAGCCCGUCCAAGGGAACAUUCUUGGCUGAUUUCCAAUCUCGGAGUACUUUCAGCUGAUGGCUCCGAAUCGAUGACAGGCGGCGAGGGCCCUCACUGGCAUUUACAGGAUGCCACUUUUUCGCUGAGCUCCGAAGCGGUUGGUGCGCCUUUCCGCAUCAGCCUGCUCACUGUGCGCGGGAAGGCCUUGAAUAUCGAAAUUAGUUGGCAGGAUGGUACUCCUAAGGAGAUGGCAGAGCGAAUCUUGGAAGACAUUCAGACCUUCCUUUUAGGCUUGGCAGCUCACGAAGGGGUUGACGUCAAAACUUCAGCUUAA